AUGACAUUUUCUGUAAUUAAUAUUUGUAAAAAAAAAAUCACAAGGCAAAACAUCAUAAAUGAUAUAAUCAAUGGUCUCACCGCAAAUGAAUAUGACACGAAAGUUAUCCCUUCAAUCAUUCUUUAUGAUGACCGUGGUUUACAACUUUUUGACCAGAUUACUUAUACUGAUGAAUAUUAUUUGACUAAUUGUGAAAUCAAUAUUUUGAAUAAGAAAGUUGACCAAAUCACAGAUUACAUCGCCUCGAACAGUAGUGUGAUCGAACUCGGUGCUGGAUCGUUGCGUAAGACCCGGAUCAUUCUCAAUAAUUUGGAAAAAAAGAAGAAAAACAUUACUUUUUAUGCACUUGAUCUCAUGGAAAAUGAGCUUAAUAAAUCAUUAUCUUCGUUAGGAACUUUCUCACAUGUUAAACUUGUUGGUCUCUGUGGCACUUAUGAAGAUGGAAUAGACUAUGUCGCAACUUUAUCGAAUGAUAAACAAAAAACUAUAAUGUGGUUAGGCUCCUCAAUUGGAAAUUUAAGUAGAGAAGAUGGUGCAAACUUUAUCCGUCGUUUCCAAGAAAAAGCAAUGAAUCCCGGUGAUUUGUUUUUAAUCGGAAUCGAUGGGAGAAACGACCCUGAAAAAAUUGCUGUUGCUUACAAUGAUCCUCAGGGCAUCACUGCCGAGUUCGCAAUGAAUGGAUUGGAUCACCUUAAUGUUAUUUUUGAUCAGCCAUUUAUCAAUCGCAACAAUUUUUAUUAUAUUUCAACCUAUGAUGAAGAUGAUGGCAGACGUGAAGGAUAUUAUAAGUCCAAAAAAGAUCAAAUAUUGGAAUUUGUAGUCUCUAAUGAUAUCAACAAAGAAAAAAUCAAAAUCAAUGUAAAAGAGAAUGAACUUAUUCGAAUUGCAUAUUCUUUUAAAUAUAAUAAAGCUGAUGCCACAAAGCUUUUUUAUGAUGCCCGUUUAGCUCAUGUAGAAAGUUGGUCUGAUUCUGAUUUGCAAUAUAAUCUCCACUUAAUUUAUAAACCCCCAUUCUUCUUUACACGUCCUCAAGAAUUAAAAGGGUCUGCACCAACUGUGGAAGAAUGGCAAGAAAUAUGGAAAUCAUGGGAUACGGUAUCAUUGAGCAUGAUUCCAUUAGAUAAAAUGCAUUUAAAACCUAUUUAUCUUCGACAUCCUUUCAUUUUUUAUCUCGGCCAUAUUCCCUCCUUUCUUGAUACUAAACUGGCUACAUAUUCUCAUGAAAAAUUUUCUGAACCAGAAAAUUUUGCCAACAUUUUCGAACGGGAAAUUGAUCAUGAUAUGGAUGACUUGUCAAAGUGUAAUCCUCAUUCGGCUGUUCCUGAUCAAUGGCCAAAAUUAAGUUCAAUCCUCGAAUAUCAAGAUAAAGUUAGGCAAAGACUUUUACGUAUUUACGAUGCUUAUAAGGAUAAGCAAAUUCCACGUUCAUUAGGUCACGUCUUAUGGAUGUCUUUUGAACAUGAAGCAAUGCAUAUUGAAACUUUUCUUUAUAAUUUGGUGCAAUUCGAGGAUUUUUUACCAGCAAAAGGUAUUGCUAUCCCUAAUAUGCGUCCACCCAUUCGUAAAGCUUCAGAUGCAAAAUUACUGACAAUACCCACACAAACCAUUACAUUUGGUCUUUAUGAUGAUGGAUUUGAUUGGGAUAGCGAACGGACAAUCACUGUAAAAUCAUUUAAGAUUCAAUCACGCCCUAUAACUAAUAAUGAAUACUUGGAAUUUAUGAAAGCAACUAUGAAUCAGAAUUAUCCAUUAUCUUGGAUUCCAAUUGAUCUUUCGUCAUCUGAGUAUAGAGUUCGGACUGUAUUCGGACCUGUCGAUAUGAGCGUGGCUAUGAAUUGGCCUGUAUUAUUGAGUCUGGAACAAGCAAACCAUUAUGCUGGGUGGGCAAAGAUGCGGCUUCCUACUGAAGAAGAGUUGCUUUGUUUUUAUAAUACUUACUCACGAAACACAAAUUUGGAUUCAAAUUUUGGAUUUUCCCAUUGGCAUCCAACUGAUGUCCCGUUAGAAAGUAAUUCUAUUCAUAACAUAGAUGGUGCGUGGGCCUGGACUUCUUCCAAAUUUGGGGAAUACCCUGAGUUCGUUAAAAGUAAAUUGUAUUCUAGAUGUUCAUCUGAUUUUUUUGAUGGAAAACAUUACGUAAUUCUCGGUGGAUCAUGGUAA